UACGGUCUUGCGGCUGGUGAGCAACACACGAUCUUGCGUCAAGGAUUGAUUCCGGCAAAUGACUUGAAAAGCCAAAAUCGGGGAAUAAUGGUUCACUUUUGGAAGCGACGUACAUCUUCGCAGCAUUGCGAAAAGAUGCCGCAUGGUCGGCCUAGCCAUUCUCCGUUGCUGAAGCCUUUCAGUGCUUUAGCGACACCGGGGAUGUAUCUGUUUUCAAAAUACAACGAAUAUAAGCGCCAACAACAGGAACAACAAAAACGCAAGGUUACCGAGAAAGAACUGGAAAACCUUAACCAGAAAAUAGAUCGACUGCUGUCGAGGAUUGAUGAUCGAGAUGCGGACAAUACCAUCACCGAAGAAGAGGAGUGUGUGAUAUGCCUAGGCGCCAAGGCAACGAUGCAAACCUACCCAUGUGGGCACAAAGUGGUAUGCCGGAAGUGCUUCAUUAAGACAAUACAAGUGGCCGUCUCGCAGAGAAGUCUGCCACUGAGAUGCGUGAUCUGCCGUUCGCGCAUUCUUAAACUCCGACAGGCGGCGCUUCCUCCGAUGCAGGUGGCAGCACCGAUUUCCGGUAGAUACCUACCGAAAUCUCCCAGCAUUCGACACUUCCAAAAGUAGAUGUAUUUCCGGCCACCCUUAUUAGGGCAUACAAUAUCGUGAAGUAUUACACUGACUUGGGGCCAACGGCCCAAACUUAGAUUUACGACCUCCAUGCCAGGUAGCCAUGGGCAAAUCUAGUUCUCCUACUCAGACUAGUGGACUCCAUAUUCAGCGACGAAUUCGUUUGUUGUAGUGAUUACCAAUCGCUUUGGAAAAGAAGACAUGGCAUCAGGAAUACGUGAGAUCGGUGACUGGACAUUAGACCAGGGAGAUUUACAAUCUUGAACGUAAACCCACAGAUGGCUUGAAAACAAUCUUCAUCCGGGUCUCCAACGCCCGAGUAUCCUUACCGAGGUGUGAAAAUCGCCCAGAACAGCGCCGAUUGGUAUAGUGUUGCCAACAAUCGGAUAAAACCGAACGUGCCAAUCUCGCAUCCCCGAUACAUUCCGAACGUGGCAGGCGUGACCAACGAAGAAGAUGAAGAGGAAGCUUGACCACAUGAAUAAUUGCAUCGGAAAGUCAAGGUCACAUAUGACUUAAGACCUAAUGUCAAGGUCACAGGUCAACAUAUCGUCAUUUGUUUGACCGCAAGAUUAUGCAUAAAAUGUCAUUUGUAAAAACUUCCAAAUAUGAGUGUCAGUGACAUGAAUGCAGUACUGAGUUCGAACAUCUGAAUAAGUUGCUAAAUAUUGGCACAUUUGGUAAAAGUAUCCGAGAAAAUGGAACAAUGCCAAGUGUCGAAAGAUCAAAAGCAAAUACCGUGUCUAAUUGACCUUUAAAUAUUUCGAAUGUCCGAGGGUUACUUGAACUUAUCCUAAACAACCACGGGAAUACAAUUUUAUAUUAAUUCUUGAGCCGACAAAAUGAUAUUCUUUCAGGUUUAUGUGUAACUUUAGAAGGAAGAUAUCAUAUAUUAAUGGCAUAAAAUAUUUCAUUUGACGUGUACAUGACGUUAACCGAAUCACAAACAUCUGGUUGAACAACACAAUCUUAACAGUAACCUUCGUCAGAAGGGCACUUUGCUGAAUAGGAAGGCGUCAUGUGGUAUUUCAUUAUCAGUAGCUAUCGGAAAUCUUCGGAAAUAGCAGCAUUUACAAGUGGCGGUAUCAAUGCUUAUAUAUUAUAUAUUCACCUGCAAAUAUCAAACAGCAUUUGUUCACUCGCGUGUCCAAACUUUGAGAUAUCGAUUCAAAGUUACAGAAACAACUUUUGAACUUUUGACACGUCACCCGAAGUACAUAUGACCAGCAGGUUUAACCACAGGGUCUAAGUCACAGGGUCUAACCUACAGGAUGUAACCAGCGGAUACCCUAAGAUUUAGUGUGAUGUUAAAACGGCCAGAGCUCUUGUCAUCCUCCUCAUGAUGUACGAUGUAAACAUUCCUUAUUACUUUGGGCAGGGCUUUAGGUGAAAUUAUAAUGUCCUCACACGUGUACUUGUUGAGAAAAACUGGUUCAUCUAUUAUCCGCUUCCAACCCCAACAAGAUGGAACCUCGAUAGACCGAACCUUAUCAGAACGGACAUUGGAGUUUCCGAACAAUUCUUACAGAAAUUAAUUUAAGACGUUUUCUUUCCGUGACUCAUAAUGAAUUAUGAAAAAACGAAUGAUAUUGAAGGAAUUGUUUUGUAUAUAUUGAUCUAAGCUUCAGUUCCAAACGUCACAAUAACUAAUAUUUUCCCAUUUUUAGCAUCUUUUCAAGAUGAUACGUCGCAGAUACAACAUUUCUUGGCAACAUUGCCGAGGUAGUAUCGAGUAUUUAUCCAAGUCAAAGUCCGUGUGAAUGUUGAGCGAGUGAGCGUGUGUAGAGUUAUCAAUAGUGCUUGGCUUACAUUAACUUAACAUCCAAUACAUAGAUAUAUAUAUAUACAUAUAUUUUGUUAGAAAAAUCAAAAUAUUAAAACUCAGUCCCUCCAACCCUCAGCCAAAACCGUAGUCGUAGAAACCUGCUGGAACAUGCGAAGAAUGACAUGUGUCUUUAAUCGAUUUCUCAUUAUUAUUCAAACAUUCGAAGUCAGUGUUGAGGUUGAAACACGUUUUAUCCUUUGUCUCAUUUUUGUACUACAGUGCAACCUCGUUAUACAGGACUCCGUUAAUCCGCAUUUCGAUAAUGCAUAAUCAGAACCAUUUCGAUAAUCACAAGAACUAUCUGCUUAAAGCAGAGUCCAUUGUACGAUUCCGACCACCUCAUGGGCAUGUGUUUUAUGAAUCACUAUCAAAUAGUGAUGACCCCAGGUGUUCGCGGAAAGGUGGGCGCACCCUGCUCGACCAGUGCAAACACAUGCAAAGGCAAGUCAAUUAUCCACAAUUAAAAGUGGUACACGUCAAAAUAGGGAAUUGAAUGGGACAUCAUUUUGGUCACUGGUUUUGGAAGCGCGUCCUCGGGAUGAUCACUGUUGUAAACGUCUACAUAUGGUAGAGGGAACAUUAAUAUUACCAAUGAUUCGUUUAUCCGGACAUUUGUGAAUCCGGACGAUUUCGCUCGAAACGGUACCAUCUGAAUUAACGAGUUUCACUGUACAGGGUUUGCUAAUCUUUGAUUUGAAAGCAGUUUGCUGGAUUUAGAAGUGUGUAUUGCGUUGAUGGAGUUGGAUUUUGUACAUGGGAUUAUUUUCAUUGCAGAAAAUGAUAAUAUAGUUCUUCGUGACUUACUGGCCUCAACGAAGAUGAAACUGUCUCCAUGAUUACCUAAAUUGGCACGAAGUCCUUGGCAGUUUUGUUGUCACUGCAUAGUAUGGUGUUGUUGACAGUUAAUAUUCAGUUGGCAAUGUUUGUCCGCGUCUAUUAUCUAGAAAUGUUAUUAUAUGUUUUAUUUCAUUAAAAAAACAUAAUCUGCAGGCCAAAAGAAAGUAUACACCCAUGUUUGAUGGUGGCCAAGAAAUGAAACAAACAAGAAAUGGUUAUUCGAUGAUGAUGUAUUUGAUACGGGUAUCAUAGUUGUGUUUAGACGUAAGUUUUGCAGUGUUUCGGGGACUGUUUUCGGUCCAGUAACGUUUUGAUACCGUUUGUCAUUUUUUGGUCUCUUUUUUGGAUCUUGAAGUGUAUACUUUCUUUUGCGUGGCAGUUUUUUGUACAUCAGAUACAUCAGAGAAGUAGAAAUUUUGAAUAUAUUUAUUUAUGUGUUGCUAGAAGAAUGACCAUUUGCUGUUAUGAAAUGUGAUCCGUUUCGUUGAAUUUGUUUGACAGUGACUGUAUUGUUUGACAGUGACUGUGUUGUUUGACAGUGACUGUUUUGUUUGACAGUGGCUGUUAUAUUUGACGGUAACUAUGCAUACUACAGCAUACGAUCUGCUCGUUCCGGGUAGGGCACACCGAUAGUGUUAAUGUUCCACACAAUAUAGCACCAAAGUUCUGUGUGUCGGCAGCCCGAUCGUUGAGUUAAAUGUUUCUUUUUUUACAACUUUUACAUUUUUUAUCACAUAAAUAAGAUCAAUCACCGUUACCCAAAUCUUCUAACAACUUUGUUUUGUUCAUGCGGAGCAUAACUGAAAUUACAUCGGAGCAGAAUGAGAGCAAGUUAGGUAGCAUCCCUCUCUCAAUGAUUCAAACUAAAGGUGAAUUCACCAUUUAACCAUGGGCGUGUUAACCAUUAUUCCCAUCCUCGAUCCCUCCUUCAGCCAACUAAACCAAUCAACCAAUCAAAGCCCAACCCUGUUCCUUCCUCCAGAUAAACUAACCAAUCACACCCAAUCAAACACAAAACCCUGUUCCCUGCUCCAGUUAAACUAACCAAUCACAACCCAUCAAAGCCCAACCCUGUUCCCUCCUCCAGAUAAACUAACCAAUCACAGCCAACCAACGGCUUUGUGAAUACUCAUCAAUCACCAACCCUGUUCCCUCCUCCAGAUCAACUAACCAAUCACAACCAAUCAAACCCCAACCCUGUUCCCUCCUCCAGAUAAACUAACCAAUCACAACCAAUCAAAGCCAAACCCUGUUCAAUCCUCCAGAUAAACUAACCAAUCACAGCCAACCAACGGCUUUGUGAAUACUCAUUUCUUAACUUUCAAACCUACCCACAGAAACUAUCCAACCCCUGACCCAACUUUCACAAGAAGUACCUAAUGAAACAACGGCCAAUGUCAUUGUCAAUGUCAUCGGGACACAAGACAGGGUUAAGAUGACAUCUUUAAAGAAUCAGGCAACGUGCUAUCAGUGUGGCCUCGCUUAAGCGGCUUCUCAAGUACAGUCGAUAAUGGCUGAAUAACAAUCAUCAAUUUUAAAGAAAAUAAAACGAAGCUUGAUAAUAUUUAGUCUCAAAUAACGAAUUAAAGGAAAAUAUCAUUGUAUUAUUUCAGAUCUAACAAUAGUCGAAAUUCAAUUCCGAAGACAUUAAAUAACAAUGCAGGGAUGCUUUAAAAGGCCUGUUUGCUAUUUAACCUCUAUUUCGUGCCGCUGGGGUUUAAAGGCAAUUCGGGGAAAGUGUGUCAGAGUGAAUUAUUUACUCAUAAAACUCUUAAACCCGCCUUGAGUGGGAACAAUCAAUGAACGCCUGACCCUGUCGAAGGCGGUAUCGAGAAUGCUAUUUCCCUAAAACCAUUCUAAAUUUAGAGAUAUCACCUCGAGGGAACCUCACGCGUUUGAUAGAUGUUUUACUAAUGGAGCCUGCGGGAUUUGUCACUCUGAGAGCCCUGCCUGGGGGGAGGACUCACUUAAAAGGGGAGUAUAUCCUAAAACAGUCUCUUAUUCAUACCCCGGAGUCCCCAAUGAAGCUCUAUAAUAGGGUUUCGAAUGGCAAUGGUUAAGCAAAUUCCGUUCCAACCCACAGUGGUGCUUAAUCGGAAAAUGUAUAGUAUUAAAUAGAGUGGAAACAUUCUACAAUCGAACGAGAAAUAGACAGUGAGUACUCCUUCAUGUCUACGUGUACACGAUUCAUAGCAACAUUAAUCCAUUUGUCAUGUCGAAUAACAUGAAAAUGUGUUUCGAGAUCAACAUUGAUCGCUUGAAUGAUAACCUAACAUUUCAAUUACAUUUUGCAAAUAGGAAAAGCAUUAAGAUGACAAAUGUCAGUUCAGAUUAAUCAGAUUAUUCCGUAUGACGGACAAUACGCAGGGAGCCCUACACUACACUACGUUACGAGUUCGUCACGCUGGUAAAACCAGAUAGAGUCCGUUACGGCGCAUGUGCAUGCGCAUGCGUGAAUAUCGGGUUGGACCAACAGCCAUUAUUUCACUAGUUCAAGACAGCAGAAUCAGCUACAUCCUUUCGGAGCGUUCCACUUUCGAAAACAUGCAACGUCUGACCCAGUAUCUAUAUCAGGAUGUCACCUUGUAUGAGAAUCAAUACCAUCUCUCUCACGUAAAGAAAACAUUAGUAUUGAUUUACAACCGAUAUGAUGCAAAAUACCGUGAUUUCUUUUCGGUUUCUACGAGAUAUUUUUCCCAGGCCUUGUGAUAAAAAAAUCAAUAUUCAAAUUCACAUCACAAUCUUAUGAGCCACGACAAGAAUAUUGGCACUUAGUCGUGUUUCUCCCCUCGAAACGGAUUUCGUUCCCUUACUAAUUCUAUGCAAUCUGCAUAACAGUUCAAUGGAAUAUGAUAUUAUAUUAUAUAUUUUUCUCAUUAAAGAGAUGGAACUACAAUCGCAAGAUAAUCAUGCAUUUCUUGAUAUUAUGUACUAGACAUUCAUGAUAGACUUGCAUGUAUGGAACACUCUUCCAAAGGAAUGUAGUAUGUCCUGUCUCGUAAUAGUUGAUGCGUGACGUCAUACGUUGAAGUCAACACUGGGCUUCCAUAGACGUGAGUGUUAGAGUGUUAUGCUUAUGCGAGACACUUACAAACUAAAUAUAGCCGGUUGAGAGCAUACGAGUACAAAACGCUAUCGUGCCUUGAAAACACAUCCUUAACGACAAAGCGUCUUUGAUUUCAUAGUAUUUUAUAAACCUGUUUCAAACACCAUUUUGAAAGAUGCUAUGUGAAGCAAGAAGAACAAUUAUAAACGGUCGAUUUGUUAAUGAAGGUUUUUUUUGGUGCAUUGUUCGAUCGUGAGAUUGGACAUAAUGGUGCAAUGAUGUUAGUAAGUUCCGUAUUUAAACUGUCAUUCGUCUAUUGUCGCUGCAAGACUAUUGGUACAAGUAUAUUGAUUUUCACACAGUAUAUCUCUAAGUGGUAUAGUCAGUAUGUUUACAGACAAACCGUUUGGUGCUUUGUCUCUUAAGUAAAGUGGUAUAGUCAGUUUACCUCAGAGACAAAGCGGCAAACGGUUUGUCUGUACACAGAAACCAUGAGGUUUAGAACCAACGUCAGAGUUUUGACUUAGAACGCAGACUGAGUGAGUUGGGUGUAACGCCGCUUUUAACAGUAUUCCAGUUAUAUCACGGCGUGCCAGCUUGGGAGGAAAGCCCGAAGUGAUGCAGGUCUCAGACGUUUACCACUUCGGGGAAACCCACGAGCACGGGUAUGGUGCUGACAAACCUAACAAACAUAAUCGGGACGAACCGGGAUUUGAACCCACAAUCAUAAGUUUCUGGCGGGCCCAAGGGACGCAACUCUGCACAGCGAAUCGUGGCGCCUUAGACGACUGGGCCACCCGUGCCCCUAGACCGCAAAGAAAGAUUAUACAUGUAUAUGACUGAGCUAUGCAAGGUAACAUGCUUCUGUUUUUGUAUCAAAGUCCCGACAGAUUUCUUUCAUGUAGUCUUUAUAUUUGAGGUGUUGCCAACCUGAACUGUCGAGAUGAGAGGCUGAGUAUUGAGUUGGUAAAUAAAAACAGAUAUAUAACGCUA